GGUAUUCAACAUGGUGGCGAAAUAUAUUUUGAGGAAGUGUGACCGAAACUGCAAAAAUGAAAGACAAAACAACUGCCGGUCGAUAUGACAAGCUGUGUGCGGACAGUUUUCUUUCGUAAUGACGAUGGAUAACCGACGAUUCUUUUUCCCGUUGGGUUUCUCGGACUGUAGGAACAGAAAUUUUUCGACAGGACUUGACGGGGGACAUUUUUAGAGGAGUGCCCGCCUUUCAGUUCUUUCGCCUGACUAGCUGACUUUUUGUGCACUGCUGUAAUUUACAACAACAACAAUAGAUCGUCUAGAAUCUACGUCUUUGUUUUAUUGACACAGGAAUCAUUAAACUGUGAAAAUGAGUAGUGCUACAGAGCGUGCGGGACGUCGCCGGCAGACGGCGAGGACGCACACGGCAGAAGAUCAAGCCUUGAACCAGAUUGCCAAAGAGGCAGAAUCACGCCUCGCGGCCAAGAGAGCCGAGCGAGCUCAAGCGCGAGAAAUCCGCAUGAAGGAAUUGGAGCGGCUUCAGAAAGAGACUGAAGAAAAAACAGACAGAGUGUAUGAGAUUACGAAUACAGAUUAUUCUAGGGUGGGAAAGUCAAGAUCAGUCAAAGAUGAUAAUGUGGAUGAGACAAGGGAUCUCAAGUCGCAGGUAUACGAGCUGGAGGAGAAGUUUAAGAAGGCGAUGAUGAACACAGCCCUGCUGGACAAUGAGAAGCAGGCGCUCCUCUACCAGGUGGAUUUGUUGAAGGACAAGCUGGAUGACCAGGAGGAGCAGCUGAUGGAACUCCAGCGGGAGCACAAGGAUAAGUGUAGGCAAUUUGAAGCUCACAAAAGAAAGUUUGCAGAUUUGGAGCGAGAUUUUAACUGUGUAAAAGAGCUGCUCGCUCAAAGAGACAAGCUUAUUCAGGAUCAUGGCCUGGUUAUAGUAGGCUCAGAAUCAGGGGAGCUUACUCUGGCAAAGAACCCUGAUGCAAACGGCCCCGUUGUUCAGCUAGGUGCAGCGCUGGUUUCACCUGAGGCAGCCAAAAUCUUAGAAGAGGCUGGUGAAGGAUCUCUAGGUGUUAUCUUAAAAACUCGCAAGAAAGGCUACGGUAAGGUCAAAGUUGAAGGUUGUGGAAUGGAUAAAGUUGAUGGUAGAUCACUCGGCACAAAUGAUGAUAGACUUAAAAAAUUUGCAGAAGAAAAAUUGCGGUUAGAAGACCAGGUUAAGAAACUGAAGGAAGAGCUGGAAGAGGAACGAGCUAAGAGUCAGUUGUCAGAGAAGUUCAGUCACACUCCCAGUGUUGCACAGAUAAAUGGGCCAGAAAUGCAGCUGUAUGAAGUCCAAAGAGAAGCUAGUAAACAAAUUCAUGAAUACAAACUAAAACUUCAGAAAGCUGAACAGGAUAUUGCUACAUUAGAAGGCAGUGUAAGUCGGUUAGAUACCCAAGUGAAGCGAUAUCGUCAGUCUGCAGAGGCGUCAGAAAAAAUGGAGGAUGAGAUGAAACAAGAGAAGAGGAAGAUGCAGAGAGAGAUGAGAGAAGCCCAAAACCAAAUAGAAGAAUUGCAGAACCGAAAUUUGCAUCUACAAAAGAGAAUGGAAAGGCUGAAACAAGAUAGACUUGCUGCCAUUGUGGGACAAUAAAAACUUGGCGUUUGACAAUCCUAUCCCAGAAUUCCUGUCAUCGUCUGUGAUUAGACGAUCCAUUAUUAGGUGACAUGGUGCUCCAGAAACUCUCCUGUAGAAGUUCUCUCUGAUCAAAAUUGUUAUAAGGUCUUGGUUACCUUGUACUGAUUAUCUGACAAAGGAAGAGGCCUUUACAGAGUUGCUGGCUGAAGAGCUCCACAAGCAAGGGCAUCAACUUUUUUUGUUUACAAAUACUGUUAUUUAAGUAGUGAAACUGCUGGCCUGUGUGAAUUUUUGAGGCAUGGUGUGCUAUCAUGUUUGUGAGAAAAUCGGGCAGACCUUCAUGGAGGGGGUACGCAGACUUAUGUCUUAACCAGUUAGUGAUGACAAUUUGAAGUCAUCUUCUUGAAGGCCUUGCCCAAUACUGCUUCUUGUGAGUCAUAUACAAGUAACCUGUUUGCAAUAUGCUCGAAGAAAUUCUUUGUGCAAACCUCACAUGAAUAUGUAACAAUUCAAGACCAAGAGCUUUGCUAAACAUUGAAAAGGCCUGUCUAAAAUAUUUACUCUUUGUAAUAAAAUUUACAGACCUUUUGUUGAUGCAGUUGUUGAAAAGUUAGAAUGAAAUUUGCCAUCUGCGUAUAAACUCUUAUGGAGGUCUGGAUUAAUCAGCGCGUAAAUUUCAGAGGAGUUGGGCAGAAUUUUGAUGAAGACCUCUGGGAUAGAUCAGAGCAAUUUUAGUGAUUAUUGCAUUGAAUUUGAUGGCAAUUAGUUUAAAACAGCGGCUUUUUCAAUCCGUUUGUUAUUGGGCUCUUUGUCUUGAAUUGUGUGUAAAUCUCUUGAGCCUCUUGGUCUAUUGCGUUUGUACAAUUGUGUACAUAUCUUUUAACCAGCUAUGUACAGUCGUGUUGUAAUGUUUUCCUUCACAUCCUCAGAUGUAAACAUUUUGCAUGUAAUUUUGUAUCAUUGUAUGUUGAGUUGUGUUGAGCUAAUGUGAGACAUGGCUCGUUUUUUUUUUUGUUUUGUUUUUUUUUUUUUGUUCUUUUUGGUCGUGAAAGCAGAAUUAAUUCUUUAAACAUUAAAUGUAAACUUUUUUGAAAGCAUAAAGAACUGGAAACAUUCGUAUACAAAAUGGAUUGUCGAAGUUGAAACUCUUCACUAAACAUAGAAAUAACACUGUUGAGGCAUCUUUGGCAUGAAUUAAUAGGCGGCACAGCUGGUUCGAAGUUGUGAAACAAAAGAUACAAUUUUGUUAUGAAUGUAUUAUAUAUUCAUACCCAUGGGAUAGUAUUCUGAUGAAUUACAUAAAAUAUUGCCGAAGUCAGUUUUAUGGCAUACUCAAGAAUAUUUCAGAUACAGAACUUUUGAAAGGAUGUCUUUUAUUACUGAAGAGUUCCAGCUUGGAACCAUUGUGCAACAUUCUGAUGACGAAGUCUUUUGAUGAAAAAGCUGAAGUUACUCGAUGUGCUUAAGUCUUGUGUUGAACAAGCUUUAUGUUGGAUUAUAUCUUACUGACGGGACGUAUUUUUACUGAUGAACACUGUCGCCAGCCCAUGGGCCACUGGACUAGAUACCCAUGCCCAGAUUGUAGUGCCCGGUAAAUUAGUGGGAGCUGUGUGACUUUUUACUCAAUGUUGCAAAAAAUAAUGUACUGGUAGCCAGUUUUCAAGUGCACCCUUGGGAAAGUACAGGUAUUAACUACAUUGUACUUCUUCAAAUGCGUUUUUGACUGUUGCAGAUUUGUUUCGGAUUAGAAGCAAUAUUGCCUAAAUAACAAAAUUUGAAGAUUUCUGGGAGCGUGGGGACGGCGUAAGUUACACACAUUUUAACGAGUGCUUCAUUUGUAAUCUUAUCGCUCAACAUCACUUUGUUUUGAUGCCCUCUGGAAACUGUUAUAUCGAGAACAUUUUGUUGGCUGAUGACUUAUGUCAUUCAGCUAAAAAGGCACGCCUUUUGUUUUUGUGGAACUUAUUUUUGUUGUGUUUUAGCCUACACUGUCAGGCCGUAUGUUGAAGGCACGGACCUCAGCGUCAGGCUACACUGAACAUAUCGCACAGGCGGUUGGUUGGUCAGUCAAGCUUUUUGUCAUCCUAUUUUUUAGCAUUGGCGGUUCACAGGGAGUAGUUCAUGUAAUGCGAAAUGACGCUUCUCAACGUGAAUUCGUCUUACCAGACUGAUACACCCAAUUCACUUUACCUGGGCCCUUAGUGCAAGACAACACAAAAACUGUGUAAAUUUGCGCUUGUUUUUCCUGACCUUGGAGAUCGAAAAGACUGUAUUGUUGCCACGUUUGAUGUGUCCAGAGAAAACGGACGAUUUGAAGGCGUUAUGGCCUUUAAUUUAAUAGGCAUACAGUUUGCGACAAGAAAAGACAUUUUCUACAGGGUAGUUUUUCUACGUUCAUUGUCCCUAAUAAGUUAUAAGUUAUAGUAAAGCGCGUCCGAAAGACAGCGCUCACUAAGUGAAUCGCACCGACAGGAGAUUUUACGUAUUGUAAAUGUGUAAGCAGUUUGUGGCAUAUCCGAGGUCCGAAUAAAGGCUUGUAGUACGCAUAUAUUUUGUGAAGAUAGUUUUACGUUUUUGACAUUCAGGUCGAAUGAGAGCUUGUGAUUUUGUUGCGACUAAGUCUUAACUGCAAUUUUAAUAUUUUUGGACGAAAAUAUUCUUUUUCCCCACUUCGGCUCAUUUUCGAUUGGCCCAAAGUUUAACGUCCCGACCGUAACCCCCAGCUUCGGUCAUACAGACUUUCAAGCGGAAAAUUUCACUCAAAAAACUGGCUCGAACCAUACCUAUUUUUGCUAUCCACCAAUUCGAUAAAACGCCGAAAAUGUAGCAUGUCAAAGCCAGCAUUGGUAAACCAUCUUUCAGCAGUAAUCCAGCUGUUUAAACCUUCGAAUCGGACAUUUCAAAACAACGUCGGCUAUGUUGGGAUUUUUUUUUUUCAUCUUCGGUCAAGGUGAUGGGCCACGAAAAUUUUAUCCCACCCAACAUUCUGUUCAUAGGGCAUGCUAUUCUGGAAGUGAAUAUUGGGUAGGAUAAAAGUUUUGCAACCCAUCCCCUUUCCCGAAGUUGAAGAAAAAAUUUCCAAACAUGGCAUACGUUGAUUUGAGUUGUCCGAUUUGGAAUGUUAAACAGCUGGAUUACUGUUGAAAGUUGGUUUACCAAUGCUGGCUUUGACAUAUUAUUUUUUGUAGGUUUUAGGGAAUCGGUGGAUAGCAAAAAUAAGACAGGGUUCGUGUCGGUUUUUUUUAGUGAGAUUACGUGGAAGUCUAUACGACCGAAGCUGGGCGUUACCGUACGAAUGCCCAGUUUAGCUUGGGGCUAAUUUUCCAUUUGCCCUUUGGCGUGUUACCGAUAGAUGAAAACGGUAAUCAGGACCUGGUUUAUUUGUGGCCUUCAUUUAACUUCCGCUGGUAAAUAUUUGUUGUAUAAAGACACAAUGAUUUUGAUGCUUGCUAACAUUAAUCCUUGCUGCAGAUUGGUUGGUGAGUUACUUUGCUGACGUGAUUUUCUAAAUUAGGGAGACAAGUCAAACAUCCGCGUGCUGAUGGGGCACCGGCAGAUUUUCCCUUCAGAACAGGUGCCAUUAGUGUGGCAUGGGACUUGUACGUCACAAGUCUUUUGUUGCUUUACGCAAAACAUGUUACGUGCCGCGGUGUCAUCUGUGACGUCUUUGGCCUACCCACGGUGACGUCGCGCUGUUGACGCUGCAGUGGAAUGUUCAGCGUCACUGAAAAGACUUAAUACGUCCUACUUCGGACUUCUGCUAGUAUCCCAUUGUUCUCGCUACGUAGAUGUGCGGAUUUUUUAAAGUUCGAUUCACGGCACGACAACAUAUUGUUCUUGUCGUUUAUCUAAGAACCGGAAGAAUGGUUUCGAUCCACCGUUGUUGUAUUUGCCACCUAAUCCGAUAACGACCACAGUCCCAAUGUACCGUUUUUACAGACUUUACCGUCUUUAACAUGUUUGUCAGUGACACGUAUAUUAUAAUUCACGACCAUUUAUCUUGAAGACAUACAGGUAGAUAUACUUGUAUUAAAUGUAGCUAAACACCCGUGUUAAUCCAGCUAUAAGGAACUGUAGACAGUAUUACCAAGUUUCUUCUCUUUUGUUUUUGAGUGUUCGGAAAAUGUUAAUGGGCCGGUAAUCGAUCAUGGUGCUUUCAAGGUCAACUGAUUUAAAAAGAUGGCGAUUUCCUAUAAUUAAAAGUUAGAAUUCUGUGCGAAAGCACUUUGGAAAUCUGCCGAGCACAUUGCCGUUACGUAAGUGGUAUUAUUCUACGUUCACAUCGCCCAUCAUCGUUUAUUGGCCAUUAUUGUCAUCAUUGAAAUUCCGAUGGACGAUAUGGCUGUAGGCUGCAUGCAUUGGCCAUUCCAUUAUGUGUCUUCCAAAAUGAUAAACACAUUUUAAUGCAUGGUUUUUGCUAGAUCCAUAUCUUCAUACGCCAAAAUUACCAAAAAAGUUUUUUUUUAAAUUGAACUUUUGCAGAUAGAAUGUUCUUUGACUGAAAAGCUUGUAUCCAUGUUGAUAUAUUGCUUCCAACAAGAAAAAGAACAUUGAUUGAUCAGUUUUCUGGGAAAUGCAUGUCUGUUAGUUAGCUCAGUGUUGAAUACGUCUUGAUUUGUCUUCGUAUAAUGCUGGAGAUUUUCAAAUUGCAAAUGUUUAGCACAACUAUGCUCGUGCUUAGAAAUUGAAGUUCUGAAAAGAUGCUCGGUAAAAAAAAUUUUUUGGCUGCCUGUUUGAAGAGCGGUUGAUAUCUCAAGAGAUUGUAUAAAGUAUUUCGUUAAUUUACAAAUACUGACAUGUCUUACAUCAGCUUCCCUUGUUUGAGAUGUCCACGUGGCCAUGACUUUGCCAAAGCCAUGGCCACUUAUAUAUGAAUUGUGCUUGACGUGGCCCCUGUAAUACUAAUUUAAUAUCAAUCGUUCCAUUCCAUUAUAUGUUAUGUAAGGGAUGAAUCCAAUGUUAUGUUCCCAGCAUAUGCCCCCCACCCCGGGACCGAGUGUCUGUAUUAGUACAAAUGAAUAUUCAUGCCGAGGGUUCAAGAGUUACCCGCAAUUAUUAGCUCUUGCAGACCUUGACAUACAAGAGUCCCCCCCACCCCUCCACCUCUCGUUUAAAUAGCUUGUAGGCGUAGUAUUAUUAAAACCACUGUAGUUCGGUAUGAUGUCGCACAUGUGUAAUUCUAUAUUUUCUUGGCGAUAUCGUGCGAUGGGCUGCUCGUUUUCAAUGACCGAUAAAAUAAACAAAUUGUCUUUCAUAUACAA